UACUUCUUGCAUAAAUCUGCAUCACUCACUACUUGAGCAAGCAAAAACCACUUCAACACAGCAAUGGCUUCCAAGCAUAGUGUUGCUCUUUUCCUUUGCCUUAACCUCGUCUUGUUUUCGAUGGUUUCUGGGUGUCGUACUUGCCCUAAACCUAAGCCAAAACCAUGUCCUCCUCCUCCUUCUUCAGAAACAGCUACAUGCCCCAUUGAUACCCUUAAGCUUGGAGUGUGUGCUGAUGUUCUUGGAUUGGUGAAUGCUGUUAUUGGCUCACCCCCAGUCACUCCUUGCUGCAGCCUUCUCUCUGGACUUGCUAAUGUUGAAGCUGCUCUUUGCCUUUGCACUGCUAUUAAGGCUAACAUUUUGGGCAUUAAUCUUAAUGUACCUAUUUCACUUAGUUUGCUUCUUAAUGUUUGCUCUAAAGAGGCUCCUUCUGGCUUCCAGUGCCCUUAAUUAUUAUUCAAGAUUGUUAAAGUCUGUCUUACGUUAUUUUCUUGGAGGGUUUUUAUUCUCUUUUGUUUCUUUUUCAUCCUGUUAUUUUGGGGUUGUGGAGAUACUUUGAGAUGGAGUUUGAAGAUAUAUUAUACCUAUGUAUUGGCUAAAUGGUAAGCCUUUCACUUUCCAAUUUGAAGUUCCUUAAUUAUGUUGAUAUGGCAUUUUCAAGUUUAUAUUACCAAGUGUGCUUUGAGUUGA